CACGCAUGCCCGUGGGAAGCCGAUUCACUCCAAUCUGGCAUCAAACUUCCCCAGAUACCUUCGUAAUGCCACGAUAAGAGCCAAAUAGCCUUUGCCCCUCAGUUUCGUACCAUCUUUACCGUCCACUGCGCCGCUCCAGUUUGCCCCCUGCAAAGAACACACUCACAAAGGGGUUCCGUUCCUGAGAAGUGCAUCAAUCACCAGCUCAUCCCUCUCCGGCCCGCACCCCCGUCAUCUUCAUCCCUACCUCCAGAUCACAGAAGAUACCUACAUGUCUGCACAGUGAAUCAAGGCCACCCUUUCCCCUCCCCAUCAAGGUUCCUCGUCGCCAUGUACAGCAAUAGCAAUCACCACGACCCCGAUCACGACUACAAUCACGACCACGACCGCGACCACGACCACGAUCACGCCCACCACAGCCACGACCACGAUGACUACGGACACGACCACAGCCACGAACCCAAGGUAAACGGCCACGGUCAUUCCCACUCACACCCACUUACGCCGUCGCCCACGAUUACGACUGCUUCUACGACGCCCAAACUUUCACAUUCACACUCCCCUUCGCUGGGACCUCCGGCGGGAAGGACACGUACGCACCGAUACAGCCCUUCGUUGGGUCAGUCCCCUUUGCAGAAUGGCUACGCGUCUCCCGCGCCGGACAUCGCGGGACCUCCCGUGGCGGUGGCAUACUCAGCUGCAGCUCAUUCCAGAAAAAAGAGCGAGCCGUUCUCCAACAAUGAGGACCCGAUCGCAUUGACGUUCUCCUCCCUUACCACUCCGCUGUUCGUUACGACGGCGCUGAUGCUCGCGUCGCUCUCACAUUCGUUCAAUCCCACCUCGCCGAAACACGAGCACUCGCCCACCGCGGGAACAGCGCAGGUACUAGCCGAGCCGUCAGCAUUCUUCGGACUGCUCGCGCGGCUGUCUGCCGCAGCCGCGGUCUCGUCGGGGACGCUUUUUUUGACAUUCCUGUUUGGCAUCGUAAAACUACAGUUUCCGGAUUCGGUGGAUGAAGGCGGCGGAUAUGCACGGCGGAAGCCACUUCCUAUAUCGGUGCGGGAGGUGGCCGAGCGCGUGACCGGUAUCUGGGUGUGUUUCUUUGCGGCUAUGGAGCUGGGAGGCGUCAGGACUGCGGCGUUGGUGCUGGUGUACAUGGCCUCCGGGCUGGAGAGCAUGGGGGUGAAAUAUGUGACCAAGCGGAAGACCGUGAUGAGCGCUGUCGGUGUUACGGCGGCGUGGGAUCUCUGGCGGGAGGUUGAGUACGGAGAGCGUGUGUUGGGGAUAUUGAUUGCCUACACCGCGCUAUUCGCCGCAACGGUAUGGAUGCAUAGUCCCUGGACACCAGAAAAGCCCUCCGCACAUGUGAACAGGGUUGCGUUGGUGGCGGCAUGUGUCCCUGGCUCCGUGGCAUUACUCGCUUGGCUCUUGGGAGUGGAAGCCACGGCUUAUCCGGGGCUGACGAAUGGGCUGCCAGGGCUCGGGUUGCUCGCUUGCGUUGUUGGUGCGGCGGCGGCGGUAUUCGGGGAGGGAGUCAAGGAGAACGCCGUGUAUGGCGCCGGCAUAUUCGCUGCUAUUGCCGGCGGCUGGGUGUUCGGGCUGAUCACCGGAAACGACAUCUGGAGUGAAGCCGGCCUUGGAGGAUUGGCUUUGGCAGCGAUCUCGUUCGACAGUAGAGCUUCCGCAGGUGGGCAUGACGGACAUGAUCACGGUCACGACAACUCGCAUGGCCAUUCCCACGGCCAUUCCCAGGAACACAACCAUGGCCAUGAUGACCAUCACCACCACAGUGCUACCCCUCCUUCCGCCAUGACGAUGUUCCUGCUGCGGAAGUUCGAGGGCACACCACUUAUCCACUCGAUCCUGCUGGAGAAAGACUCCCGAAGGAUAUCGUACUUCAUGUGUCUUAACUUUUUGUUCAUGAUAGUCCAGACCGCAUAUGGUUUCCUUACCGGAUCCUUGGGCCUCAUCAGCGACAGCGUACACAUGUUCUUCGACUGUCUCGCACUGGCCGUCGGUGUUUCAGCUGCGGUCAUGAGCAAAUGGCCACCUAGCAGCAGGUAUCCUUAUGGUUUGGGAAAGAUGGAUACCCUGGCCGGGUUUGCCAACGGCAUAUUCCUAAUGCUCAUCUCCAUUGAGAUCGUCUUUGAAGCGCUGGAGCGUCUCAAAGCGCCAACGGAGAUGUCCCGCCUCGGCGAGCUAUUCUUCGUCUCCACCGCUGGCCUCGCCGUGAACAUGGUUGGCAUCUUUGCCUUCGACCACGCACACGCCCAUGGCGGCGGCGGCCACAGUCACUCCCAUGGUGGCGGCGCAGACGGAAGCGACAACAUGCAUGGCAUCUUUCUGCACAUUCUUGCCGACGCACUGGGCUCGUUGAGCGUUGUGAUCUCGACGGUUUUGAUCCACUAUACAUCCUGGCCCGGCUUCGACCCGCUGGCGUCGAUGCUCAUCGCCAUCCUCAUCUUUGCCUCUUCCAUCCCGCUGGUUACUUCCGCCGCCAAGAACCUGCUCUUGACAGUCGAUGCCGGAACCGAGUACACUCUCCGCGAGGCCAUCGCAGGUAUCAGCGCACUCCCGGGCGUGCGCGGCUACCAAGCAACGAGGUUCUGGCAGAGUGGAGAGGGCAUGGUCCGCGGCGUCGUACACGUCACUGCCGAGGGCGAUGCGGAGUCCAUCAGAAGGCGCGUCGAGGACUGGCUGAAGCAGAACGUGGAGGGUGUCGAUGUUACGGUCGUUGUGGAACGCGGUGGCGAGGGAGGAUGUUGGUGUCGCAAAAAGGAGUAGGGCAUCAUCUAGGAGCAUAUGAAGUAACCGUGAUCUUGUAUUCUUCUUCCUUUCUUUGCUUUCUUCUUUUAUUCUCUUGUGGCUUCGGAUUUUUGGGAUGGAUGGAUGGACGGAUGGACGGAUGGACGGAUGGAUGGGCAGGUGUUUGGAGGUGAAUCUGUGGAAUCGAACAAAAGAGAGGGGGCGUGUGUGUACAUGAGGACCUUGGAG